UAUUAUUACAACUAUUAAAACACACAGAAGCUUCAUUCUUCUCGAUCUUUCUGCAUUUGAAAGACCCUUUUCUGUUAUCAUUUGUUUUCCUGCUCAAAUGGCUUCUCCACCAGUCCUUAAGCGAUCCGAAACAAUUGCUGAAAGCAUGCCUGAUGCAUUAAGGCAGAGCCGGUAUCACAUGAGGAUAUGUUUUUCCAGGCUUGUUGCUACUGGGAGAAGGCUGAUGAAGCGCCAACAUAUAAUGGAUGAAGUUGACAAAUCUAUACAAGAUAAGAAUGAAAGGCAAAAGGUCUUGGAAGGCUUGCUUGGUUACAUCCUGAGUUCCACUCAGGAGGCAGCUGUUGUUCCACCUUUUGUGGCAUUUGCUGUAAGACCGAAUCCGGGUUUUUGGGAAUAUGUUAAAGUGAACGCUGAAGAUUUGAGUGUAGAUGGUAUCUCCAUUUCAGAAUAUUUGCAGUUCAAGGAAAUGAUCUUUGAUGAAAAAUGGGCGAACAAUGAAAAUGCGCUGGAAGUAGAUUUUGGAGCCAUGGAUUUCUCCACCCCUCGCCUAACUCUUUCUUCUUCUAUUGGGAUUGGACUGAACUACAUGUCAAAGUUCAUGUCCUCAAAGCUCCGUGGGAGUUCCGAUGCUGCAAAGCCUCUACUCGACUAUUUGUUAGCGCUCGACCAUCAAGGGGAGAAUCUCAUGAUCAAUCAAGCUCUAGAUUCAGUUUCCAAGCUUCAAGCAGCAUUGAUUGUUGCUGAAGUAGUUGUCUCUGCAUUUCCUAAAGACGCCCCAUAUCAGGAUUUCCAGCAGAGCCUGGAAAGGUUGGGCUUUGAGAAGGGAUGGGGAGACACCGCAGAAAGAGUCAAAGAGACAAUGAGGAUGCUUUCUGAAUCACUUCAAGCCCCGGAACCAGUGAAACUGGAGUUGCUCUUUAGCAGGAUUCCCAACAUGUUCAACAUUGUGAUCUUCUCUCCUCACGGCUAUUUUGGCCAGUCAGAUGUCCUCGGGUUGCCAGAUACCGGUGGCCAGGUUGUUUACAUUCUUGAUCAAGUAAGAGCAUUAGAGGAAGAACUGCUACUUAAAAUAAGGCAGCAAGGGCUUAGCGUGAAGCCUCAAAUUCUUGUGAUAACACGACUGAUACCACACGCUGGAGGGACAAAGUGCAACCAGGAGGUGGAGCCUAUUUUCGGUACAAAACACUCUCACAUUGUUAGGGUCCCCUUCAAGACAGAGAAAGGGGUUCUCCCUCAAUGGGUCUCCCGUUUCGAUGUAUACCCUUACCUAGAGAGAUUUGCUCAGGAUGCUGCUGAUAAGGUCCUUGAAUACAUGGACUGUAAACCUGAUCUCCUGAUUGGGAACUAUAGUGAUGGGAACUUGGUGGCUUCCCUAAUGGCUCAGAAACUUGGCAUAACUCUGGGAACUAUUGCUCAUGCUUUGGAGAAAACUAAGUACGAAGAUUCUGAUGCCAAAUGGAAGGAAUUAGACCCAAAGUACCACUUUUCCUGUCAAUUCACAGCAGACAUGAUUGCGAUGAAUACUGCUGAUUUUAUCAUAACCAGUACAUAUCAAGAAAUUGCAGGAAGCAAGAAUAGACCAGGACAGUAUGAAAGCCAUGUGGCGUUUACCAUGCCAGGACUUUGCCGUGUUGUGUCAGGCAUCAAUGUCUUUGACCCAAAGUUCAACAUUGCUUCCCCUGGGGCUGACCAAACUGUCUACUUCCCCUACACCGAGAAACAGAAGCGGCUAACCUCUUUUCAUCCUGCCAUUGAAGAACUACUCUAUAAGAAUGAAGAUAACAAUGAGCACAUUGGAUAUCUGGCAGACAAGAAGAAGCCAAUUAUCUUCUCCAUGGCAAGACUGGAUACAGUGAAAAACAUUACAGGGCUGACAGAGUGGUAUGGAAAGAAUGCAAAGCUAAGAAACUUGGUGAAUCUCGUUGUUGUAGCAGGAUUCUUUGAUCCAUCCAAAUCAAAUGAUAGAGAAGAAAUUGCGGAGAUCAAGAAGAUGCAUGCCUUGAUAGAGAAAUACCAGCUUAAGGGCCAGUUCAGAUGGAUAGCAGCUCAAUCUGACAGGUACCGAAACGGAGAGCUCUACCGCUGCAUUGCAGAUACAAAGGGAGCUUUUAUUCAGCCUGCGCUCUAUGAGGCCUUUGGCCUUACAGUAAUUGAGGCAAUGAACUGUGGACUACCUACCUUCGCCACCAAUCAAGGUGGCCCAGCAGAAAUUAUUGUUGAUGGGGUCUCAGGAUUCCACAUUGACCCGAACAAUGGAGAUGAGUCUAGCAACAAGAUAGCAGAUUUCUUCGAGAAGUGCAAGACAGAUGCUGAAUAUUGGAACAAGAUGUCAGCAACUGGUCUCCAACGCAUCUACGAAUGCUAUACAUGGAAGAUUUAUGCAAACAAAGUGUUGAACAUGGGAUCUGUUUACGGGUUUUGGAGGCAGAUGAACAAGGAACAGAAGCUUCUGAAGCAGAGAUAUAUUGAAGCCUUUUACAAUCUCCAAUUCAGGAAUUUGGCAAGGAAUGUUCCAAUCCCAGGAUUUGCACCACCCGUACAGACACCAUCAACUUCAAAAACUAAACCCCAAGAAUCAGCACCAGCUGCUGUAGCUGAAUCUCAGCAAUCUCUUCCAACCAAGAAAGCCAAACCGCAAGUAGAAGAGGCCCCGGUGCCAGCACCUAAAACUCAGCUAACACAAAGAAAGGCACAACCCCAGCAGCCUCAAAGCCAAAGGAAUGGCAACGAAAGUUUAGGGCAAAUGGUCAUUGCAAGACGACAAAGCAGCAGUACACAGAGAAGCUGGAGCUGGUGGUUGUCCAGGAUCGCUUCCCUUCUUAUAGUUUAUUACAUCCUGAGGAAGUUGUAUGGCUACCUCACAUGAGAAAAAAGCCAUAGCAAGUUGCAGAGAUAAACGCUGGAGUCCACAACUCAGAACGUAAAAAUGCUUGCCAUGCAUGAUUAAUAAUAAAAAUAAAUACACCAUGUUGUUUCUUUUA